UUUUUUCCAUGUUUCACAGUUUCCCGUCAAACUCAGGACCUUAUACGUUUGAAUCACCGAUAGUAGAGACGUCUCUGGUGCGCGUGUCAGUAAAAUUAAAUUCAGUCAUUUGGAAAGACUCUCCGAGCGAUGUCUUCCCCAAUUAGUUCGAAGGACAGCUGUUCUUCCGACGAGGACAUUCGAUUGGAAUCGACGCCGAAGGACAGAGCGUCACGUUUACCUUUCAGCGUGGAAGCUUUGAUGUCGGACAGAAAACCUGACCGCGAGUUUACUGGGAAAACCGCAGGGACAGAGUCCAGGACUCACAGUUACGUAUACUUUUCCAGAGAUACUCACAGUCUGGAGGGAUUUCCAAAACACUUCGUCCCGACGUCACCAGGUAAAUCAGAAGCAUCUGAACCGGAGGAUAGCGCACCUUGGGCCGGGAGUUCAGGGUUUUCCCCUCAACCCAGGCAGUUGAGCCCCAGCUGCCCGCUGCGGAAGCACAAGACGAACCGGAAGCCGCGCACGCCCUUCAGCACCUCCCAGCUGCUGGCGCUGGAGCGCAAGUUUCGGCAGAAGCAGUACCUGUCCAUCGCCGAGCGGGCCGAGUUCUCCGGCUCGCUCUGCCUGACCGAGACCCAGGUGAAGAUCUGGUUCCAGAACCGCCGCGCCAAGGCCAAGCGGCUGCAGGAGGCCGAGCUGGAGAAGCUCAAGAUGGCCGCCAAGCCCGUCCUGCACCCGGGCGUGGCCUUCCCCUUCCCCCUCAGCGCCCCGCUCCAGGCCGCCUCGCUCUACGGACAGUCGUACCCCUUCCCCCGGCCCGUGUUGCCCCUGGCGCCCCUCGGACUGUACGCCACGCCCGCGGGCUACGGCAUGUACCACAUGUCGUGAAAAGGACCCCCGUUUUUUCCGAAGCUGGAGUUUUGACCGGAAGCACGUUAGCCUGAAGCACGUUAGCCUGAGCGCGUUAGCCUCAAAUCACCUCUCUAGCCUUAAGGCCCUCCCUGCCCUGUGAGACAUGUUGACAUCGUUUUUUAUUCCUCUUCAUGACACGAACACAAUGGAUACAGCUUAGCGUUAGCAUGUUACCGAACUCCUUGUCUCAUUGCCGUGACUCAUCCCUCAGCGAUACUAUUUGAACAAUAAUGAAGCAAUUAAUCAUUCAACUGUUUAAUUCAACCUCAGUGUGUGGCAAUACAGGAAACACUGUGCACCCCCCACACUGUGCUUGGUCAGUUUCAAAAUUAGCUUCAUACCGUGUCACAAAAUAUUCAGUAAGUACACCUGUGUUAAUUUCAGUUUGAAGUUACUUGUUAAGGCGUUCAGGCAGCUGUCAGAACACAUCACCCCCGCACUUAUAUAUGUGUCCACACUCUACGGCUAUUACGAUGACACACUUAUUUAUUUAACUUCCCCCUCAGACUGAAUACCGGGGAGGUAAAAAAUAUCAUUCCUGUUUUUGAAACUGUUUUGUUAAGCGGUGGAGACGAGAGACGUAUUGAACAAUAAAAAAAAGUUAAUUAUA